AUGGUUCCUUUAAGUACUCGAGGUCCUAGUGGAAUUGAUUUAAUUGAAACCGUCAAGUUAGCGCUGUCAGAUAUCAAUUCCAAUGAUACAAUUUUAAGUCAAUAUGAGUUAAAAGCAGAAAUUGGUUUCAGCAAGUUUAAUCCGGCUAGCGCAAUCGACGUUUUUAUACGCAUGAUAAUGCAAAAAACAAUUAAAGUUGGCAUAAUUGGCGCUCAAAAUUCGAGAAGUUCAGAAUAUGUAGCUUCAGCGGCUAAAUCAUGGAAUUUAGCACAGAUAUCUCAUGGUUCUACCUCACCGAUUUUAAGCAACAGAGAACAGUUUCCUUACUUUUUCCGAACAGCUCUAUCUGACAUCAGUUAUAAUUUGGCUCGUGUGGCCUUCUCCUUGCAUUACGGUUGGACUAAAGUAGCGGUACUCUAUCAGAUUGCAACAGCUUAUACAGCGGCGGCUAACGAUCUCGUUAGUGAUUUCAAAAGUAAAAAUAUUACUGAUGUAUAUGCCGAAGGUGUUCUUGAUCAGUUUGCCGUGGUCAUAGGCAAUCUUAAAGCUAAAGAUAUGCGAAUUAUAUAUGCCAUUGGCCAAGCUCCAGUUAUUUUACAUGUAUUAUGUGAGGCAUAUAAGCAAAAGUUAUAUGGUCCCAAAUAUGUCUGGAUAUUAGUUGGAUGGUAUCCUAAUGACUGGUGGGAGGUUGAAAUGCAGCCUCACACGAAAUGUACGCCUGAUCAAAUUUACCAAGUUAUACAAAAUUAUUUCUACGUUUAUCGAUCAUACCCGCAAACUAGUACCGAACCGACUAUUUCUGGAAGGUCACCACUGAAUUUUAAUCAACAAUUUCAACAUUUAAAUAAUGUUACGACCACCAAUACCUUACGUGCUUACAUGUACGAUGCCGUAUGGACAAUGGCUCAUGCUUUGGAUAAAACGGAGCAGCAAUUACUGCCUCAAAACAGGAGUCUAUCUCAAUUUAAUUAUGAAAGCAGCGAUAUUCGUAGUACGAUUGUUAAAAACAUCGCUGACAUGUCGAUCUUAGGUAUAACGGGAGAAAUUAAAUUCUUUGGAGCCGAUAGGCUUGGUGAUGUCUACAUAUUUCAAUUUCAAGGUGAAAAGUCACAAAACAAAACUGUUCCGGUUGGUCUCUACAAAGCAGCGACUGAUAGUGUAACCAUCUUUUCAGAAAACAAAGUCGUAUGGCCGAAUGGUUUCCCACCACUUUCUCAAUCCGUCAUCAAAAUCCAAACUUUGCACAUUUCCUUGGGUCUGACAAUUAUCUACUUAGCUCUAUCUAUACUGGGAAUACUGACAUCCUUGCUAUUUUUUGCAUUCAGUCUGUAUUAUCAGAACCACAAGCAAAUUAAGCUAUUAAGUCCGCGUAUGAAUGCGUUGUUUGCAAUUGGAUGCUGCAUCUGCUACGUUUCAGUGGUCAUGAUGGCAAUUGAUACCAAUUUUACAACUACAAUCGGAUUUUCGAUACUCUGUCAAGCAAAUAUUUGGCUCUUAUGUUUGGGUUUUACAUUAGCUUUUGGAUCUCUGUUUGCUAAGAUGUGGCGAGUGUACAGAAUUUUUGCUUUAAAAACUGCCAAAAGGAUUAUUGUCAAAGACUGGCAUUUGCUAGCCGUUGUAUCGCAGUUAGCAAUAGUCGAUAUUGUCCUUCUCACGAUUUGGACGGUCGUUGAUCCUUUAAUUGCUGAUGUUAUCACAUCAACCACCACGGAACCAAAGCACGAUAUUGUCUUCAAACAGACAUCAUAUGUUUGCACGUGCAAGAACACUGCUGUAUGGCUAGGGUUGAUUAAUUUAUGGAGGAAUCCCAAUCAUUGGGGAAGAAGAAAAAUUGCCGAUCAACAAGAGGUUUUUGUUGAUGAAUCGCUUCGAGGAGUAGGACUUGUCUCAUCUGAUACCACUUUUACUACGAUUGAAUCAGGGAGAUGUGCUUUACAAAAUGUAAUUGAAAAAUAUUACACAUAUCAUCAUAGCUUAGAAGUCAUAAUAUUAAGGGUACAAUAA